AAUACGGAAAAGAGAAAACAAUAAAGAACCUACUAUAUGCCAGGAUCUGCAGCAGGCACCAUAAAGAUGUCCUUCUAUUUUAAUCCUCACAACAACCUUAUGAGAUCAUUAGCAUUAUUUCUAUAAGGAAACCAAGGCUCAGAGAGGUUAACUAACUUCUCCAAGAGAACACAGUACCAUGGGACUGAGUGGCACUCUCUGUAUGAUGGCCCUCCUGCUCUCUGGUGCUGCUUCCAUGAAGAGUCAGGCAUAUUUUGACAAGACUGGAAACCUGCCAUGCCACUUCACAAACUCUCAGAACAUAAGCCUGGAAGAGCUGGUGGUAUUUUGGCAGAAGCAGCAUAAGCUGGUUCUGUAUGAGCUAUACAAAGGCAAAGAGAAACCUGACAAUGUUCACCCCAAGUAUAAGGGCCGCACAAGCUUUGAUCAGGACAAUUGGACCCUGAGACUCCACAACCUUCAGAUCAAGGACGAAGGCUUGUAUCAAUGUUUCGUCCAUCAUCAAGGGCCUAAAGGACUCAUUCCCAUCUACCAAAUGAGUUCUGAGCUGUCAGUGGUUGCUAACUUCAGUCAACCUGAAAUAAUGUUAAUUUCUAAUAGAACAGAAAAUUCUGACACCAUCAUAAAUCUGACCUGCUCGUCUAUGGAAGGCUACCCAGAACCUAAGGAGAUGUAUUUUAUCCUAGAAAAGGAAAAUUCAACUACUAAGUAUGAUGCUGUCAUGAAGAAAUCUCAAAAUAAUAUCACAGAACUGUACAGCAUUUCUAUCAGCUUCUCUUUUACAAUACCUUCUGAAACAAACAAUGUGAGCAUCUACUGUGUCCUGCAGCUGGAGGCAAUGGAGACGCAGCUUCUCUCCUCACCUUACAAUAUAGAUGCAAAGCCACCCAAGGAACACCACCCCGACAAAGGCCACAUCCUCCCGAUUGUGGCUCUACUUGUAACACUGGUUGCUGUGUGUGGGAUGGUGUUCUUCCUAACACUAAAGAAAAGGAAGAAACAGCAGCCUGACUCCUCUCAUGAACAUGAAACCACCAAAAUGGGGGAGAAAGAGAAUGAGCAGAGUGAAGAGAGAAUAGAAUACCAGGUGUCUGUAAGAUCUGCGGAAGCCCAGAGUGUUGUUAAUACGUUGAAGACAGCCUCUGAAGACAAAAGUGCUACAGAUUUUUAAUUAAACAGUAAAGUCCAUGUGACUAUCCAUUUUUUAUAUGCUUUCCUUUCCAAGUUUUCAGCUGACCUUUUUCUUGUCUCUCUAAACUUUCCCAGAAGGCAAGAAAAUAUUACCAUUAAUAACAGUGGGGGCUCCAGGAUGCUCUUUAAGUAAAAUAGCCUCCCUCUAAUGUCAGUUCUGCUCCAUAUGCCAGGAACAGAUUUUAACUGCUUCUUUCAUUUCAGAGCACACAUGUGGGCAAAGCCCAUCUAACUGGUUUCUGGGUCAGGAAUGAUGUUUAAGACUAACACCUCCUAUUUCAGAUUCAGCCUCUUUUCUUAAUUUCAUAAACUGUGUUUUAUGUAGGACCCCCCAAUCCCUGGAACAGUGGCUUUUAUCUACUCUGAAUUCUAAAGAAUGCCUAAUUGCACCUAAUGCCUCCUCCGUCUGGGUGGGAGCUGUGUAUUUCAUGUUUCUGUCAUGUUAAUAUUUUGAAAUAUAAAGAAAUGUAUACUAUAGUAAUGUAAUUACUAUGCCCUGAGAAAAGUUCCUCUGCUAAGGAGUUCUUGUCCCUCCAUGAGGGUCAGUAAAGAAAGCGGUGGCAUAGUGUGCUGACAACAUGAGCAAAGCAACUCAAAGUUUGGAAAUUAGGAUGGAUAGAGAUGGACCCAGCUUUGGAUCCUGGAGCCGUUUCUGUCUGGGCUGUUGCUAAUAUUGAGGCCCAUCUACCUUCCCAACAAGCUAUUGUUAAGCCUUAGCAGAGAGCACUGGAUAAAGCUAGAGAGCACAUGCACUGUGAACCUUACUACUUCUCUUCUUGAAAAAAAUGCCCGAGAUUUUUGUCUGGGGCAAGUGCGCAAAGGUCAAUAGUGAGUUCACAAUAUUCAGAGGAGAAAAACAGAUGCACGCGAAUGUCCGGUCUGUCCAGUCCCUCCACAAGCCCUGGGACAAGUGGGCCUUCUGUCCAAAUGGACUCAAGAUGGACAACAGUUUUCCUGGGGGUCAGUGAUGGGUUUUAAUGAUAUCCAAGUUGUUCUGAUGUCUCAUCUAGCUGGAAGCAGAGCUGGGAGAGAGGGUUAUCAUCAUGAUAAUGAAAUGAAUGGAAUAGGAUUCUUUCAACUAAUGGCUGAGAGAGAAAGAGCUGGGAUGGAACUAGAGGACCAGGAUGCAAACCACCCAGAGUGACGUGGCCUGAAAAUGUCCUGAGGAGAUGUGGGCUGGCCCAGAGCAGAGCCGGCAGACAUGUCUGAGGAUUGUCUAUACAUCAUUCUCAAUGAUAGAGAAACGGCACAGGAGGGCAAUAUGCUAGGCCAGAAGAAAUGAGUUAGGAGACCCUGCCCACUAAGGCAGCAUCACUAAGGGAUAGAGCACCUCAGUCCAAACCAAAAGAGAACUUCAGGAGGCCACGCCACAGAAAUAGUUCUUCUUAUUCUGUACAAAGGACCCCACAGGGUUAUAGGCCUAUAGAGCUUGCUAGUCAUGCUCAUCCGUGUAACUUUAGCAUUUGUGAGUUCUACCCUGCCCCUUUCUUCAUUAGGCUGUAAGCAUCUUCUUGGUUCCUAACAUGUUUUGUACAGAUCAGUUCUCAAUAAAUUUUUAUUAAAUUGAUUAAAAA